AUGAUACCUCGUGUCUAUCGAUCUGUAUAUGCUUACUCUCGCCUGCGCACAAAUCCUGUUUCUCGACAACGGUAUUUCAGCAUGGCAAGCCCUAACUUGAACUCUGCCGUCCAGCCCAAAUACGCAUCUACUCUUCCAGAUGAAACCAAGCAAUUGGCAGCCGAGACCAACUCGCUACUUGACAGUAACUGGUCUCUCGAUGAAGAGCUGAUGGGCUUACAAAAGACCUACUAUUUUAAAACGUACACAAAAUGCCAGGACUUCUUCAACAUGAUCGCGAUAAAGAGUAAAUCUGCAAACCACCAUUCGACAAUGACAGUUAAAUUCCGUUCUGUUCAUAUACACUGGACGACUCAUAGUCCACCUGGCCUUUCUGCAAUAGACACUUUGAUGGCAAGAUACUGCGACGAACAAGCAAAGAUGCUAGGCACCGUGGAUGAGAAUCAGGUCAAGACGUGCACUUCCGCACCGGCGACGAAAACCUAA